AUGCCCCCCCUCGCCGUGCAGAUCCGCGAAAUACCCCCCUCGGCGAUCAUCGCCAUCCGGCACGCGGUGCUGUGGCCCAACGUCGCCCUAGAUGCCCAGCUGUACGAGUACGACUUUGCGCCUGGCACGGUCCACAUUGGCGCAUUCCGGCCAGACGCGAGCGAGCCAGUGGCGGUCGGCACGCUCGUGCGCGCGGCGUUCGCGCGGCCCGACGCGCUCGACGCCGAUACACGACUGCUCGAGGCAGUGCAGUUGCGCAAGCUUGCUGUUGUCGCCCAACUGCAGGGCCAGGGGGUCGGCAAGGCCAUGAUGGCCUACACUGCUGCCUUGCUCACCCCUGCCCAUGGCGACAAGCCGCUCCUCCUCCACUUUGAUGCGCGCGCCGCACAGGCCCCGUUCUAUGAGAAACUUGGCUACGCUGUCCUCGACCCCACGGUCUUCACCAAGACGUUUGGCGGCGAGGUCGUGUCGUUCAUCCGCAUGGGCAAGGUCCUGCGGCCUGCUGGCGCAUAG